UAUUAGCGCUGUUCAACGACGUGAAGGUGAACUGCACACUGACGGAUCCAGACAAAAGAGAAACUUUAAGAUCAUCCUUUGGCUUUCACUUAUUCAGAAGUCUACAUUUCUUCAUUGAUACAUCUUCACUUCGCAUCAAAGUCAUGUCCCAACAGCAGAUCAGCCUCCCAGCCAAGCUCAUUAAUGGUGGCAUUGCUGGCAUUGUUGGGGUCACUUGCGUGUUCCCCAUUGACUUGGUAAAGACUAGGUUGCAAAACCAGAGACAAGGGCAGCAGGUCUACAAGAGCAUGAUGGACUGCCUUAUCAAGACAGUUCGAACAGAGGGAUACUUUGGCAUGUACAGAGGCGCAGCAGUAAAUUUGACUUUGGUCACUCCCGAGAAGGCCAUCAAGCUGGCUGCUAAUGACUUCUUCCGUCAACACCUGGCGAAGGACGGAAAGUUGACGGUGCUCAAAGAGAUGCUGGCGGGCUGCGGUGCAGGCAUGUGCCAAGUCGUCAUCACGACCCCCAUGGAAAUGCUCAAGAUACAGCUGCAGGAUGCGGGCAGGCUCGCGGCUCAGCAGCAAAAGCCGGUCAUGAUGCCAGUCACAAAUCUGGUGGGCACCAACACCGUGCUGAGUCGCUCCUACAACUCUGGCACCGCCGCUCCUUCCCCGAGAGCUGUGUCGGCCACGCAGAUCGCAAGAGAGCUCGUCCACACGCAGGGCAUCCAGGGCCUCUACCGGGGUCUGGGGGCCACACUGAUUAGGGAUGUUCCCUUUUCCAUUGUUUACUUCCCAUUGUUUGCUAAUCUGAACCGCCUGGGUCAACCGAGCCCAGAGGAGUCAUCACCGUUCUACUGGGCGUUCCUCUCGGGCUGCGCCGCAGGAUCUACUGCUGCAGUGGCUGUAAACCCCUGUGAUGUGGUGAAGACCAGACUACAAUCCCUGAACAAAGGCGUCAGUGAAGAGACGUACACCGGAGUUAUGGAUUGUGUAAGCAAAAUAAUGCGGAAGGAGGGCCCAGCCGCCUUCUUGAAAGGCGCCGGCUGCCGGGCUCUGGUCAUCGCGCCUCUGUUCGGAAUUGCACAGGUCAUGUACUUCGUCGGCGUGGGUGAAUAUAUUCUCAGCAGCUCGCCUCUAAACCCUCUGUCGGUGUGAGGCCGUGACGGCUGGAUGACUGAAUAGGACCUCGCUGGACAACAGGCAGCUACAACAACAGUUUACAACAAAAAAAGAAAUCCUGUCACAGACUUCAGGAUGCAAAGACCUAAUGAUUUUCAUCAUCUGUGUUAUCUGACAACUGUGACGCACUUGCACACUUUUGUGACUUUCUCAGUUGGCUGAAGCGAUCGUUUGCACUUGACGCUAUUGGCCUUUUGGUGUUGGGGAUUCAGUCGGAGUGUCUCUCUUUCUUAUUCCCCACACAGUCAUUUCUGGUUUCCCUCUGUGAGGGAAGGUUACUGCAUCACAGAGAAAUAAAUAUAUUUUUGUGUCGUUUUUUUAUUUUAUAGUUUUUUUUAUUUUAUUAAUACAAAACUUGGAUUUCCUUUUAAUUUACGUUCUGCAAUUUCUGUUAUUGUCUCAUGAACCACAUUGAACUUGGAGCUAAAAUUGGUCCAACAGGGAACAGUUUAUAAAAUUGAAUUGUUUUGUUUUUUUAUAAUUAUCAUAAUAUGAUAAUUUUUUUCAAAAUUUGUUUCUUACACAUUCUCAACAGUCUCUAGAUUUGGCUGAUCUAGCAGCGUGGGACCAGGUGGUUUACUCUGAAUACAUGUCCUGUUACCUGUCUGUAACUUUCCAUUCUUGUCUGGAAAAAACUUGACAACAUUCAUGCACGUUAGAUCUGUAUGUUUGUCUGCGUAACUCUUGAGCUACUCACAUUUGCAUACGUACACCUGGUAUCUAACCUUUCUGGUUCGUGCUGUAAUACAGCAGAUUAUGUCAUUGGUUCUUGUGACUGAAACUGAAACCAGCAUUAUUGCAACAGGGGGGGGGGGUUGUUACACAUACUGUGUUUGUAGUGGAAUUUUGUACAUGUCGUGUGUGUGUCUGUAUAUAUAAACAUUAAAUUUGUAAAUCAUU